CACAGUUGCCUUCAUAAAUUAUUUUGUAUCAAAAAAUAACUUGUGCUGGUAUAACAUUUUUUCAAAAUUAUUUUGUUUGAUCCUUUAUCAGCAGAAGAAGGAGAAAGAUGCCAAGGUCAAGGAAGCAGUAAAGAAGUGGUGUUUAUCUACCAUUACAGCACAUGCAGAUAACACAACAAAGAAUCGUCGGGUGUAUGUUGGAGAGGCUUCCAUAGAAUGCCGUUCACAACUUCCAUUAGGAUUAACCAUGUCCAAGAAGAUGUUCAGCAUGGCGGUCCAACACCUGUAGCCUCACGUCACAACUAUCCAUAAUGGAGCAGGCGACAGACGAUAUUAUUUUGCAGGAAUAGUACGCCAGCAGCCUUUCGUGAAUGUACCUGUUCAACCAACUACUUCCGGACUUCCACUUGAAGAAUUCUCACCACUCUUCUCUGAUCAAGAUGAUGUGCCGAUGGUGGACUUGGGUAACUUGGAUGAUAUACUUAACCAGGAUCCAGAACCGAAUCAAGAAGACACCGGAAUCUUGUAUCUCCAGGCUCAACUAAGGGACGUCACAGAGGAGAACAAAACACUGAAGACCAAACUGCACGAAACAGAGGAGAAUAAAGAACUUCGAAAACAACUCAAGCGCAUGGAGACAUCACUAGAUUAUGAACGAAAAGAGAGGAACCAACUUUACAAAAAAAUCAGCGAACUCCAGCCUGCCCCUUCAGAUCAACAACUUUAUAGAUUCCAAAACGCCAACAUCCAUAGCCACUUCUCAACAUCCAUUUGCAACCUAGGAAGCUUCGGUACAGUAGAGGCCAAAAUAGAUGCUGCAGGAAUGGAAAUUGCUGUGAAAACCAUGACAGAUAGCUACAUGCUAUGCCUACAUCUACUAAGGUGUAGGCAUAGCAUGUAUUACUGCCUAUGUAUUUGUUUGAGCUAUUUUGAACCUGAUUGCAAAAUACCAUAUCAGACAUAG